CACAGUGUUGAGACAGAGUCGGCUCAUCGCCUCUUGCACUGCUCGUACCAAUUCGACGAAUUCUACUUUUGACUUGUCGGGAGCACACUUUGAGACUCUUUCACUCGAGCUCAGAUACACCCUUUUAGGUUGGAUCUGUCGUCAACGUCACCACUUCCGGCAUCUCAUCUACCUUUGUUGCGCUCGUCGAACCUUGCACCCGGUUGCCUAAGCUUACACGUCUGUGUCGGCAACUCCUGGCCAGGUGGAAUUUAGCUUGGCCAACGCCUCAGUUGCAAUUCAAAGCCUCUGAUAUAUUCCGCGACCUUUGCAGUAUCUCUCUCACCCCAUCGACCAGUUUUUAUCUCGAAAGAACCAUGAACACACAUCCUUCUCCUCCUAUUACACCCGUUACUACUCCGUUCUUAACACAGCUACCAACGGCACCCUCGAGCCGGUCCGCGUCCCCGGAGCGUUCAAAAGCAUCAUUGGAUCAGUCUAAACUAGCUCCAACGUCUACUAGUCUUCCAACCCCCGCCGUAUCUCCUACCAGUGCAACUCCAGCACACCCGGAAAACGAGACAGAUCUUCCGAGGAAGAGGAAUCAAGUAAAACGGGCGUGUGUCAAUUGCCAGAAAGCAUGUAAAAAGUGUGAUAAUGGCCGUCCCUGUUCCCGCUGUAUUAAGUUUGGUCUGGAAAAGACAUGUGCAGAUUCCGCCCGUAAGGAGCGACAGCGAGUUGGUGUAAAGAGAGGGCCUUAUAAACAAACUGGACGUUCUGGAUCCAUUGAUCAUGGUCAUGAUGAUGGACUAGGGCCAGCGGCUGGAUGGUCGAAAUUGGAUAUACUAUCGCGGAUUUGUAACACUGUCCUGGUCCAUGCCCGCGAAGCGACAUCGGGGAAUGAGAGUGGAACUAUCGAUGACCCUGAAGUCCUAGCGGCACGAUCACUCGAGAUCAUUGCCAAUCGUGCUCGAGGAGUUGACGCAGAUUCACUAGAUUCAUCACCGGAUCCAGAAAGAUAUGAAUACGACCACCAUCACUUUGAUCAUCAGUGCCUGGUUCAGGAAGCUUACCGGAAAGGAUUUGCGCCAUUUGGCAAUAUCAGAUUCGAUCAUUUGGCAGCUACCCUGGGAAGCACGAGCUUCUCUGCCACAGGGACCCUCGGCGCUUAUGGGUCGAUGUAUCCGUUUGGUGCCAUAUCAAGCCUCGACUCGCUGUCCGGCUCACCACUAAACGACUUUGAGUAUUCAUCGGUUCGAUUUUCGCACUAUGGUCUCCCUGGAUAUAGCGCGCUGUCGUAUGAGCCCCCUACUAUUGUGCAGGUCCGAGAGCCCAAUCCGUUGGAUGACUUUGCUGCCAUCUCCGACACAGUCCGACGAAUGGAGGAUGAAGCAAGUGCGAGGUCGAAAAAGCGGAAAUCUGCGUCGUUGGGAACAACAGCGGCGCCAUCGGCGACGGUGCCAGUAUCCGGUGUUGCAUCGAAUGUAUCGAUGGCAGCCACCAACGGCAACAGCACAACACCCGGUGUACCGUCAGCUGUGGCUGAACCACCCCACGACGGUAAAGACGGCAAUGUGUUUGGAGGAGGCGUUGGAGGUGGAGGAGCAGGAGCAGGAUAUCCGCGAAUGAGUUCAUUAAAUGUGACGACGUUUCCGGUUGCGGCCGCCGCGGAGCGAAUGACUGGAUAUCUGCAUGGGGGCAGCUUUGCGAAGUCCAUGACUACCCAUGGUCUUUAUCCGCCCGUGGUUUCGAUUUUGCCACCUCACAAGAGCAAUGGCGUGGAAAGAACCUUGUCAUCAUCACCCAUGUAUUCUCCGCCAACGCCUCCAGAAUUUUGCGUUCCCAGCGAAGGGCUUUUGGAGCCAGAUGCUAAGCGUGUUCGUCUUGAUGUUAUUUGAAGUAAUUUGGUUUUCCUUCUUUGUAUAUACCAGAAUCGACUAGUUUGAAGAUUUUAUUGUUGUGUUAUUUUGAUGAGAGGUUGAGGGGGGCGGAGGGAUACUGUUUAGGGAAGGCUAUAGCAUGUAGGGCUACGAUCUUUCUCCAGUUGGGCUGUUGGGCUUUUGGUUCUUAAUAAAAUUUUUGAUCAUGCAA